UUCCCCUCAGAUGAAGCUGAUGAUGAUGAUGACCCCGAGUACAACUUCCUGGAGGAUCUGGACGAGCCGGACACGGAGGAUUUCAGGAACGACCGUGCCGUGAGGAUCACCAAAAAGGAAGUGAAUGAACUGAUGGAGGAGCUGUUUGAGACAUUCCAGGACGAGAUGGGUUUCUCCCACAUGGAAGACGAAGGCCCCGAGGACGAAGACGCUGUCACCGAGUCCAGGCCGAGCUUUAACACCCCCCAGGCCCUCAGGUUCGAGGAGCCUCUGGCCAACCUGCUGAACGAGCAGCACCGGACGGUGAAGGAGCAGCUGGAGCAGCUGAGGAUGAAAAAGUCCUCCCUCAAACCACCCCAGGAGGCUGAAAAAUCAAAACCCCCAAGCGAGAAGCCCCUGCAGAGCCUUGUCCUGGACAGUGCCCAGAGGAAGAGGCUCCAGCAGCAAAUGCAGCAGCACGUUCAGCUCCUGACCCAAAUCCAUCUCCUGGCCAGCUGCAACCCUGCCCUGAGCUCCGAGGCCAGCACCACCAGGAUGUUUUUGAGCGAGCUGGGGAACUUCGCCCGGAGCUCGACCCUGCUCCGCCUGUCGCUCCACCCCAAAUUCCAGACCCUGUUCCAGCCCUGCAACCUGCCGGGAGCGCUGAGGCUGGUGGAGGAUUUCCAUGCCCAGGUGCCCGUGGACUGGAGCCCCAGGAAGGCCGUCAAGAAGAACAACGUCCCAGUGCUUCCACGGGUGCUGGGAUGGAAUUCCUGCUCCAGACGUUUGUGGAGGAGCAUUUCCGGGGUGCAGAUUUUGGGGAAGCGGCUGGAAGGCUUCUCACCCCCUGCCCUCCUUCUUUCCCCCCUGCCCAGUUUGUUGGCUCUGGGGCUGAAACAUUUCGAGGGCACCGACUUCCCCAAGCCCCUGAUCAGCAAAUACCUCCUGCCCACCAAAACCGCCCACCAGCUCACGGUGAGGAUCAAGAACCUCAACAUGAACCGGGCCCCCGACAACAUCAUCAGGUACUACAAGAAGACAAAGCAGUUGCCUGUGCUGGUGAAGUGCUGCGAGGAAAUCCAGCCCCACGAGUGGAAACCGCCUGUGGAGAGGGAAGAGCAUCGCCUGCCCUUCUGGCUGAAGGCGAGCUUGCCCUCCAUCCAGGAGGAGCUGAAGCAGCUGGCAGAAGAUGCCAAGGAGGCGCCGGGUUCGCCUGCUGCAGAGCCCGUCUUUUUGGGGGCAGGAAAGGAAACUUCAGACGCAGAGCACGAGGAGAAAUACCCUCUGCUCAUGCCCAAGGGGCUCGUCCUGACCCUGAAGCCCUUGGCCAACCGGUUCUCGCGGCGGGCGUGGAGGAGGCAGAGGUCCUCGGCCCUGAAGCCCGUCCUGAUCCGCCCCAACCCCGGCCUGCAGCCCAACUCCAACGCUGUCAACAUCCAGAAGGCUGUGAAGUUGUCCCAGUCGGAGGCUCCUCCCAGCAAAGUUCUGCUCCAGGUUCCUCAGCCGAUCCAGCCGGCGCCGGUUGUCCCGGCGGUGCCGGGAGUGCAGCCCCUCAACGUCCCGGCGGUGGUGGGAGGUGGGGACGGCCUGGAAUUCCAGAACGUUCUCCCCGCCGUGCCCCCGGACUCCAGACAAGCCUUCUCGGCUGCCGUGCCACCGGCUCUGGUGUCCUCGGACCCCGCCGCUCUCCAGCCCAAGCUGAUGCUCCCGGCGCUGGCCGGGACCAAAUCCCGCAGGCCGUGCGUGCGCAGGGGCUACCAGAGGAAAAAAGGGACCAAACCCGCCCCGCUGAUCAAACCCUCCCCUCUGAUCCAGCCGUCCCCCGUCAUCCUGACCGUCCCCGCCACCACGGUGAAGGUGCUCAACAUCGGCAACGGCUGCAACGUGAUCCAGCCCCUCGGCACCGCCGUGGGCCGGGGCCCGCAGGCCAUCCCGGUCACCACCCUGCUGGUGAACCCGGCCCCCUUCCCGUGUCCCUUGAACCAGCCCCUGGUGACCUCGUCCAUCCCGUCCCUGAUCGUCUCCCCGAGCCCCGUGGGUCUCUCGGCAGCGCCGGCCGUGGGUGAGGGCGAGGAGCAGCUGACCCUGGUCCCCACCGGGAGCGGCGGAGGCCGUGGGUACCCCACGGGAGAGCCCCAGGUGGAACCCCCGGAGCUCUGCGUUCCCCGCUCCUCCCUGUCCCCCCAGGGGGAACGUGGCACCAAUCCUGCCCCUGCCCAGGACAAGGGGAGCGAGGGCGAGUGCUGGGCAGCGGGACAAGGGGACGGGAGCUCCGCGGAGCCGCUGCCCGUGGCGGAGCUGCUGCCUCGCCUGGAAGAUCCGGGCGAGGCGGCGAAAACCCAGCCCGAAGAGCCCGGUGGGGCUCCCGGGGAGGCAAACCCGGGGCAGAAGAGGGCAGAAGAGGUGAAGGAGGAAUUCCUGCUGGGCCUGGGCCAGGAGCUGAACGUGGAGGCCGCGUGUGCGAGGAAGGAGGAGAAGGAGAAGGGGGAGGAGGAAGGCCGGGCCCUGCAGUCGCCUCCCCGGGGGGAGCAGCAGAGCGAGGCGGCGGCUCCGGGGCCCCCGGGGAGCGGCGAGUCCCCCGGGAACCCCCCGUGCCCCGGCGAGGGCGAGGCCGAGUUCAGCAGCCCCCUGGGCCGGCCCGAGGACUCGUCCAGCAUCGACGGCCAGUCCGUGGGCACCCCGGCGGGGCCCGAGGCCGCGGGGGACAGGGAGGGGCAGGAGGAGGAGGAGGAGGAUGACUUCGAUGAUUUCACCCAGGAUGAGGACGAGGAGAUGUCAUCGGCCUCCGAAGAGUCCGUUCUGUCAGUGCCGGAGCUCCAGGAGACCAUGGAAAAACUCACUUGGCUCGCAACAGAGAGACGUCUGAGCCAGGAGGGGGAUUCCGAAGAGGAGAAUUCCCAGGAAGAGAACUCUGAGCCUGAGGAAGAGGAGGAGGAGGAAGGGGAAGGGAUAGAGAGUUUACAGAAGGACGAUGAAACGUGUGGAGAUACCUCAGAGGAGCCCAAAUCUGCCUUCACGCUGGCAAAGGCAGCUUCCCCCCAGGUGGAGACCCACAGGAUUCCAGCAGGAGAGAACCUGAAGGCCCCUGGGAAGGGCAGGAGCUCCCACAGGACCAGGAACAAGCGGGGCCGGGCCCGGGCCAGCAAAGACACCUCGAAGCUGCUGCUGCUGUAUGAUGAGGACAUCCUGGAGAGGGAUCCCCUGAGGGAGCAGAAGGACCUGGCCUUUGCCCAGGCCUACCUGACCAGGGUCCGUGAGACGCUGCAGCACAUCCCGGGGAAAUACGAAGACUUUCUCCGUGUCAUCUACGAGUUUGAGAUCAGCACAGACAAGAGGACAGCUGUGGAUCUCUACUCCACCCUGCAGAAGCUGCUGCACGACUGGCCCCAGCUCCUCACAGACUUUGCUGCCUUCCUCUUGCCAGAGCAAGCUUUGGAGUGUGGGCUGUUUGAGGAGCAGCAAGCCUUCGAGAAGAGCCGCAAGUUCCUCCGGCAGCUGGAGAUCUGCUUCGCUGAGAACCCUGCCCACCACCAGAAGAUCAUCAAGGUCCUGCAGAGCUGUGCAGACUGUCUGCCCCAGGAGAUUGCAGAGCUGAAGACCCAAAUGUGGCAGCUGCUGAAGGGCCACGACCACCUGCAGGACGAGUUCUCUGUCUUCUUCGACCACCUCCGGCCCUCAGCCAGCAGGAUGGGAGACUUCGAGGAGAUCAACUGGACAGAGGAGAAGGAAUACGAGUUUGAUGGGUUUGAAGAGGUGUCUUUGCCAGAUGUGGAGGAGGAGGAUGAGCCACCCAAGAUCCACGGGGCCGCGAGGAGCAAGAAGAGGAAGGAGAUGGGGGGCCAACACAACGACAAGGAGGUCGAGUGGGUGGAGGGGAUGAAGGAGUGUCCCUGUUCCUGCCACGAGGGGAGCAGUGACCCCAAGCUCAAGAAAAGCAAGAGGAGGAGCUGCAGCCACUGUAGCAGCAAGGUGUGUGACAGCAAGUUUUACAAAAGUAAGGAUUCUCAAGAGCUGAGUGCGAGCCUGGCCCAGCAGGAGUCGAGUCCUCAGGCGGAAGGGAAGGAUUCUGGGAUGUCCAGGGAACCUGCAGAAGAAAUCCUGGAGAGCAGGGAUGAGGGGGAGGAUGUCCAGGGCAGAACCAGACCUGCUCCCAGGAAGGUGGACUCUGUGUCUGCAGGAUCUCCCCUGGAAGGAAGAGUUGCCUCCAGCAGGCACGGAGCUGGUGACAGACCUGCCCCUCCUGGUGCUCAGGUGGCAGAAGGUGCCAGUGCUGGGGUGGAAGGUGCCCAGGACAGAGACUCUGCUGCCACCAGCCCCAGAGGGACCCAGCUGCCAAAAGCUGCUCUGAAACUACCUCAAGAAACCAAAGACACUGUGGGGAGUGAGGGACUGACCCAGCAGCCUGGAGGGGAUGGGGAUGGUUCCCUGGGGCCGGGCAGGGAUCUGCUGCUGCCUCCUCCCUCUGCUGCAGCCACGGGGCCACCAGGACCUCAGUCCUGCUGCUGCCAGAGCCCAGGGCAGAGCCAGGGGCCAGAGAGCCUCAGGGGGCCUGGCCCUGCCUCCCAACCAGCUGGGGAAGGACUUGAGGGGCCACCUUUGCCUCCGGAGGGCAGAGCUGAAGCCGGGCAGGGCUGGGUGCCGGCGGGUGGCAAAGCUGGCACAGCCUGCCCUGGGGACGUUCCCCCCGAGGGCAGAACGGAGGGAAGGGCAAACAGCUGCCUCCAGGGGCAUCAGCAGCCCGAGCAGCCCGAGCCCAGGGUGGUUCCAGCCCUGGAGGAGCAGCAGCAGAAGGUCACCGAGGCCACCGUGUGUGCCAAGAACAGCAAGGUCAGCUCCACCGGGGAGAAGGUCGUGCUCUGGACCAGGGAGGCUGACAGGGUCAUCCUCACCACCUGCCAGGAGAAAGGAGCCCACCUGGACACCUUCCAUGCCAUCUCCCAGAAACUGGGCAACAAGACGGCGAGUGAGGUGUCCCACAGGUUCAGGGAGCUGAUGAGGCUCUUCCACACGUCCUGCGACGGGAGCUCCGAGGAUGAGGAGGAUGCAACAAGCACCAGCAACACGGACCAGCUGUCAGAUAAAGAUCUCCUGCUCUCUGAGGAGGAACCUGAUGACUGAGGUGGUAAACUACUGACUUGCCCCAGAAGAAGUUUGCUUGUUUUUUGCCAGUUUGCUGCUAGACAGGUGCUGUGGGAAAAUGUUUGCACAGGUAUUAUGACGGCGCCUUCCCGGGUUUUUGUUCACUUUUCCUGCUCCACUUCUGAUGAGCUGCACUGCCAGCCUGUACCAAACUGGAGGCACCAAGAGAGGUGUCGGGGUGAGAAUGUUCUCCAGAACCUCCCUGGGGAGCUUCAGCAGAGAAACAGCAGAGCUGGGGCUUGGGGACACUCGCCUGGCCUGGGAGGGGAAGGUUGGGCACAGCAGCUUUGGACCAGAACGUGUAAAUAUUGUACCCUAAGAUGUCAGUUUUCUCGUGGAAAGAACACAGGACUUUUUCUAA